AUGGGGAAUGCGUCCAACACCUCAGGGUUCACCUCCACCCUAUCGGAGAGAGAAGACCUGAUUUUUGGCACUCUCUAUUUAAUCUUUGGCAUCAUGUCCCUGUCUGGGAACUCACUGCUGCUGCUGCUGGCCCAUCAGAAGAGGUCCCUGCUGAAACCUGCCGAGUUCUUCAUCGUCAACCUGGCCAUCAGUGACCUGAGCAUGACGGUGACGCUCUUCCCCUUGGCCACCUCCUCCUUCUUUGCACACAGGUGGCUCUUCGACCAGGCCGUGUGCACCCUCUACGCCUUCUGCGGGGUCCUGUUCGGGCUGUGCAGCCUGGCCAGCCUGACGGUGCUCAGCACGGUCUGCUGCCUGAAGGUCUGUUACCCGGCAUAUGGGAGCAGGUUCUCGCGGAGCCACGCCGCCGGGCUGCUGCUGGCCGUGUGGGCCUACGCCCUGGCCUUCGCCAGCGCGCCCCUGGCCCGGUGGGGCAGCUACGGCCCCGAGCCCUACGGCACGGCCUGCUGCAUCGCCUGGGAGGCCUCCAGCAGGGAGGCCGCGCUCUACAUCCUCGCCCUCCUCAUCUUCUGCUACCUGCUGCCCUGCCUGCUCAUCCUGCUGUCCUACGCGCUGAUCCUCUGGACGGUGUGGGCGUCGCGGAGAGCCGUGAGGCAGCACACGUCCCCCCGGCGCGGGGCCCGCGGCGCGCACGGCCUGCUGCUCAGGCUGAGCAUCGCCGUGUGCCUGGGGUUCCUGGCUGCCUGGACUCCCUACGCCGUGCUUGCGCUGUGGGCACUGCUCGGGGACGCCAGCCAGGUGCCGGCGCUGGCCUUCGUGCUCUCGGCCGUCUUUGCCAAGUCCUCGACGCUCUACAACCCGCUGGUGUACCUGCUCCUCGAGCCCAACUUCCACAGGUUCCUCUGCAAGGACGGGGUGUCCCUGCGCACCCUCCUGUGCUGCGGCUGCCGGGGCGCUGCGCUCCGGCCCUUCCCGGCGCCGCGCCGCAGGGGCCGCCCCGGCGCUGGCAGAAGCUGCAGCGACGCUUUUGGGUGUUUCAGUGACUGCCCCAGGUGCUACACACCCCCCCGGCUGCCCGGCAGCUCGGCCCGGCGUGGCGCCCUGGCCGGCGGAGCCGCGGGGCAGCCGGGGCUGAGGAGGACGGUGCAGGUGAUGGUGCUGCUCACGCGGAGGUGGCCAGGCCUGGGCACUGCCAGCGUGGCGAGGGAGGCCCUGCCCAAGGACCUGCUCUGAGCCCAGCCCUGCCCGGCUCUGUCCUAGCAGAGCACUGGAGCACAAACCCAAACGCAGCAUUCCCUCAUGCCCGUGCCCAGUGGGUCCCAGAUGUUCCACACCUGAAGUGACAGGAAGAUGUGACACCGACCCCUCUGGUUUGACUCUUGCAGCUCUGAGCCUGGUGUUUGCACUCGCAAAAUCAAGAACAAAAAUAGACCCCAGUGCCUGAGAUGUGCCCAGGGUGCAGCCCGGGGAACAGUCUCUCCUGCAGUUUGCUCUCUGGGCCCUUGGCCUUUGUUUUUCCAACCUGGUGCUCUGAUGGUCAAAUAGGAACUUGUUUGUCUUGAAAAUUGUGCCUGGCGGGGUGGGCUGGGGGCCAGGAGGCCCAAGGGGAAUCUACCUCCAGUGCCAGCUCCUACAGCCCCCACAGUCCCCUCCCUGGGGAGGUCCCACUCCUGCUGGGGAGUGGGACUGUCCACACAGCUACCUCAGCUGGGGUAAGGAAGCACCUCCCUACAGGUCCCUGGGACUGCUCUCUGUGCCAGCUGUGCUACCCUGCGCCCUCCACUUGAGCGGAAGCCACCACUGCCCUACAGACAGAAAUGGGAGCUUGCCUUAGAGCAAGGAUUUGGGGUUACAAUAAUCCUGGAGUGAGUAGUGGCAGUCCCAGGGAAUGAUCUGCAUGCAGGGAAGGGCAAAUCUGUGGGUGAGCACCACCCUGGAGAAGGGACUGUGGCUGCAGUGUCCCCGGUGCUGGGACGAGGGGGCAGCUCUGCCAUCUGCACUGCUGCACAGGGCAGCAGCUGCCUGGGCUGCAGCAUCCCGAGGGAUUGUAGUUGGCCUUUGGAGAUCAGUGAGGGCAGCACACCCAUGGGUGGAGCCUGGGACAAAAAGGAGCAAGAAGCUGUGCCAGAGCCUGGUGCAAAGCCAUCCACAGGAUAACCCCACCUGGAAAGCUCCCUGUGCCCCAUCCCCGGCCCUCUGGCCCACGAGGGGAUCACGCAGUGUCUGCACUGACAUUCAUCGUGUUGCAGCUGUCAUUUCUGAA